CAUCGAUUCACGAAAAAAAAAAUAGCGGCAAAUUUCUAAACAAACAAAACAAUUGUACGAAAACUAAUUAUAUCACAUAAAAUCCGGCCAUUGUGUACCGAUUGCAUUCCCCCCUCCACCCAAUCCCCGGACAAAUCGCCGGCCGUAAAAACUGGCAGCGCUUUUCGGAAAAAACGCCAUUCCUAAUUCGAUCGUCGGCCAGUGAAAGCCUGAACUUUUCCUCGCGCAUUUCGACUCGGCGAAUCGGUUUUCUUUCGGUUUCAGUUCACUCGGGGACCGGUUUCCAUCGAAAGUGGCGCGAAAUCUCGUCGGUGCUCUCUCGGUACUCCCCGGAUGUGGAGUAGGUCAGUAACGAACGAUCGGCGCGAUUUUUUUUUUUUUUUUUUUAAUUUGAUUCGUGCGGUUUGCGAUCGAAUUUGUGCGGGUGCUUCGUUGAAAAAGAUCGUUGUGUGCUAUUCAACCGUUACACAACGCAGAUAAAUAGCCGUAUUUUUUUAACGAGCAUUACAAGAAAUUACAGUUAUCGUCAACGACCAAAACAAUUCACUCCAUCAGUGGUUUAUCAUUCAUCCAGUCGCUGAUCGACAACAGUUUGUCCAGAAAAUUCCCAAUUUUCUGGUGCGAUAUAAAACUAGUAGUAAGUGCUUUGAAGUGUACUAA